GGAGCGGAGCGCACAGGCGAGUCAGGCUGUUCACAAUCAGUCGCUGCAGUCGUGUCGGUGCCGGACUGCGCGGUUAAAGAAUCGGAUCGGUGGUAGUGUCUCAGUGACAGCUCCGAUGAGUCAAAUCCGGAUUCUCUACUUUAAGACCGUUCGCCAGCAGCCGCGGCCAUCUUCUUACACUUUCGAUAUUUAGAAUUAAGCCAGCCUCGGCGAACGGGAACGCGCAACGAAGUGUCAUUAGGACGAACGGAACGGAAUUUCCUUUUUUUCCUUGUUAAUUCUGUGCGGGAGAUCACGUGUCGCGCGUACGCUGCGACAAGUGUACGCCACGAGAAGUGUACGUGUACGCAUGCCGCAGCAUGUACGUACGUUUGUGAUAUCUGUAUGUUGUGACAUCAUUAUACAAUAACAAUCGCUCGAUAGAGGAAAACAGAAUAAGACACGCGACGGUCUACGCAAAUGAUAAUCGUAACGUAGCCCACCAUAUUGCGAUUGAUAAGUAAGGGUGUUGCCAAGAAUCGGAUUAUAUACAUCUUGAAAGAUGACUCGUCGCGAAGCAUGCUUCGUGAUACUGGCUGUUGCGCUAGGCAGCGUUUCCGCUCUUCACUGCCCAAAGAAUCCGGCAUGCACCUGUCAGCCGAAUACUGAGGAAGGAAUCGAGAUAAACUGUGCAAUGAAGAAUAACUCCUUUUUUAUCGUGAAUAUUGAACCAAAUCAAUAUAUAAAAAUCCAAUGUAUUAACUCACCGGACUGGUCGGAUUUUUAUCUAGAUAUGCCUUCUUUGACGGAAAAUGUUGUAAACUUCUAUUUGUGCGAAUUACCGACCAAUCGCAGUUUGGGUGAAAUCGCGCAAAUGCUCGGAGCUGCAAACGUGGAAAAAUUGAUCUUUCAAUCGUACAAGAAUUUGAGUUCCGCCCUGAUCAAGCAUCAUUUGGAUGAUUUCGAGAAUUUGAAGACUCUGAUCUUGUCGAGCAACAAUGUGUCCUACGUGGAUAAAGAUCUGUUAUCCGGCCUAGUCAACUUAACGGGACUCAAUUUGUACGACAACAAUUUACACUCAGUCGAUGAAUUUUUCAACUAUACCCCCGGAUUGCAAUGGCUCGAAUUGGGCAACAAUGCGCUGCAAUCGAUAAAACUGGGCACGUUUGACAAUCUGAAAAAUCUGACAUUACUUAAUCUGUGGAAAAAUCAUUUAGUCGAGCCACAGUCAGGAAUUUUCGACGAAAUUGUCGCUCUUAAGACACUUGAUCUCAACACGAAUAACAUGGUCAAGUUACCGGAAGACAUCUUCGCGAAGCUCGAAAAUCUCGAGGUUCUUAACUUAUCUCGAAACAAUUUCACACAUUUACCGGGAAAUCUGUUACGAAAUAACACGAAGCUAAAGUCUGUCUCUCUCUUCAACAACAAGAGAAAUAUGACCUUGCCGAAUGAAUUUUUUGCAAAUUUGACGGAACUGCAGGUGUUGCAACUGAAAAAGAUCGGACUUGUCACACUGCCGAAGGAUCUGUUCCGAGGGUGUAUUUCGAUAACUAAUAUCACUUUGGAACGAAACUAUCUUCAAACUUUACCUGUGGAGAUAUUUCGCGAUUUAAAGGAACUCCUCGAAUUGAAACUGAAUUUUAAUGAUCUUGAAAAAUUACCUGAUCAUAUCUUCGCGAAUAACAAACAAUUGGCGAAAUUAGAUUUGUCAAAAAAUCGAAUGACUUCCAUUUCCAAGCAUCUAUUCGACGGAUUGUCCGCUUUGAAGGAAUUAAAUAUGGAAAAAAAUAAGCUGAUGACUAUUUCCGAUCAUGCUUUCAGUUCUUUAAAAAAAUUGAAAAUUAUAAGGAUGUCUAACAAUUAUCUUACGUUAAAAGAUACUUUAUACGAAUAUUCUGAUCCAUAUGGAAAACAGUCACCUUUUCACAAUUGCGUGUCAUUAGAGGAAUUAUAUUUAGCCAAUAACAAUAUUUCGGAAAUAUUUAGUGACUGGACUCUCAUCGACUUACAAUUGCGAAAGUUGGAUCUCAAAUAUAACAAUAUAACUAUUAUAACCAGUGAUGACGUGCAGUUUUUAUCGAGGGAAAUCGAAGUGGAUUUGACUCAUAAUAAAAUACAACACAUCUUCAUACGCAAUGUUGAACAAUUCGGGAAUUAUCAGGAAGAUCCUCGUAGUAAUACGAAAUUGAUACGAAAAAUAUUAGUAGAUUAUAAUCCGCUUCAUUGCGAUUGCGGGUUGUAUAACUUUCUGCGUUAUCUCGAAGACAAAAUGUCUUCUCAAUAUCAAAAAAGUGUCCAUAUAAUACCAGGAAAUUUAACUUGCGAAAGCCCACCGGAGAUGAAGAAUAUGCGCGUUAAGGAUUUUCGAUCUAAAACAUUAACGUGUAGAGUAACGGAUCCUGAUGUGUGUUCCGAAAAGUGCGUCUGUUUAGUAAGACCCGAUGACAAAGCGUUCAUAUUUGAUUGCUCUCAGAAAAAUUUGAGUGGUGUGCCAAGCGACAUAAAAAAACCUAAUCAUCCCUUCCAAUUCGAAUUGAAUUUCUCCGGCAACCGAUUAACUCGUAUGCCAGAUUUGAAAGCAAUGGGAUUUGUAUCAGGUUUGAAGAAACUUGUUUUAUCUCACAACCACAUCGAUGAAAUGUCUCUGGAUGGAUUGUCCAACACAAUAGAGGUCUUGAAACUACAUGAUAACAAAAUAUCAAGAAUACCUUCUGACGUGUUGGAAUUUUUAAAAGAGUCGAAUUUAACUAGCUUGACGUUACACGACAACCCAUGGGAAUGCGAUUGCUACGCCAAGGACUUUGGAAGUUUUAUUCGAAAUAAAUUUGGGACGAUGCUAGAGCUACGUGAAGUGAAGUGCCUGGAGACGAAUACUUUUGUAUUCGAAAUGACCGACGUUGAUUUUUGCCCGGUGUACACGGCAAUGAUUAUCGGCAUUAGUGUAUCACUCUGUCUUACGGGGUUACUUAUCAGCGUUUUAGGAUUACUCUAUUACAAAUACCAACGGCAAAUCAAAGUGUGGCUUUACGCGCAUCAGUGGUGCUUAUGGUGCGUAACCGAAGAGGAACUGGAUAAAGAGAAAUUGUAUGACGCGUUCGUGAGCUACUCGCACAAGGACCACGACUUCGUCGUGAACGAACUGGUGUCCAAGUUGGAGAGUGACCCGAUGCCGUUCAAGCUGUGCCUUCAUUAUCGGGACUUUGUGCCGGGUGAAUGGAUAACGAAGAAUAUCGCUAGCUCUGUGGAAAAUUCCAAACGGACGGUAGUGGUGCUGACGCCGAAUUUCCUGGAGAGCGUCUGGGGAAAGAUGGAAUUCCGAGCCGCCCACAGUCAAGCGUUGAGCGACGGUCGGGCGCGAGUGAUAUUAAUCCUGCACGGUGAUAUCGGGCCUACCGACGACUUGGAUCCGGAACUGAAAGCGUACUUGGACAUGAACACGUAUGUCAAAUGGGGAGAUCCCUGGUUUUGGGACAAACUGAGAUACGCGCUGCCGCAUAAACUCAAACACGCGAGAAACAGUAACGUCGGAAAAGUCUUUGAAAAUCAGCGACCAUGCAUUCAAGUGAAUGGAGAUAAAAAGGAGCUCAUCUAUCCGGUUGACCUUCCUGACAAUGAGACUCCAUCGUCCACUACGCCGCCGGCCGACACGAUUAAAAAGUUCAUAUGUGAUAAAGAGUCGGAGAAACAAUUAUUUCUGAAUGGAUACCCGCGGAAAUCGUGUAAGUUGGAUAAAGAUAUCGCGAUCAUUCUCUCACCUGAACAUUUAAUGAAAAACGAGAAUGGAGAAUGUCUUGUCUGAAAGCACGAAAGUAAGAAGUAUCCAUAAAAAUAGUAAAUAGGAAUCAUUUAUAGAUCCGUCUUUAAUAUAUGCGAUGUUGACGUCAUGCGCAAGAACGUUUUGAUAUAUAUUUUUUUCUUUUUUAAGAAGGCUUGAUCUUAAUUUAGAAUGAAAUAAUUAAGGAUACAAUCUUCAGAUGGAUCUUCAGAUGAAAUAAUUAAAGAUACAAAUUUAAGAAAGUGAAAAAAGCAGGGAAAAAUGAGCGAUGAACAAUUGACUGAUGUUAGAUUAAACCUAAUAUGGGCCCAUAAAUAAUAUUAGUAUAUUUUAUCAAUUCCUAUAAAAUGAAAUUAUUUUUUUAGGAAUAACUCAUUUAAAUAAUUCAGAUAAAAUAUUGUUAUAUAUAUUUUGGACUAUACUAUAACAAUACUUUAUUGCUGUCGAUCUAAGUUUUCGAAAAAUAUCUAUAGAAUAUUUCGCCUAAUUAUAGGGAACGUAUUUCAACUUAAACACUUUCUGCGGGUCGUAUAAGAUUUUAAAAAAAAUUUUGUAACUUGUUACAAAUUAGCUUUGCUUAUUCAAAUGUUACAUUUAUUAAUAUUAUAAAAAUGUUUAUUUCUCUCGUAAAUAUGUCAUUUUGAAUGUAUCUUUAUAUGUAUAGUUUUUCAUGCAAUAUUGUAAGUUUAAGAUAUAUUUUAAUAACUUUUAUAAGAAAAUACUCAAGGAUUAUUUUAUGUAUUGUGAUGCACUUAAUUUAGUCAUAAAAUAUGCCUGUGUAUAUAAAGCGCAAUGUUAUAAUUAAAAAUAGUUUAUAUGAUAUAUAGUUUAUAUAAUAUACACAUUUUUUAUAUAAUAGUUUAUACAAGAUGUUUCCUAUAAUUUUAUUAGUGUCAACUUCUAAGAAAAGACCAUAUCAAUUUUUAUUAAACAUUGAUAUAAUAAGAAUAGGAUACAUCCUGUAUAAGUUGCAGUUCUUAAAACAGUACCUGAUAAAUAAUUAAUUAUGCUUUAGAAAAUACUUUCAUGCAUUAAUAGGAUAUGCAACAACAUGUUAAAAAUCAAGAUACAAAGUAUCUUGAUUUUUAGCAUGUUCUUUCAUGUUUUCAUUUUUAGAUCAAUAUGACAUAUCUGUUGUUACGAGAGAUAAAAGCAUAUGUGUAUAUAAUUUUUCCUAAUUACUUUAUAAGAACUUUAUAGAGAUUUAAGAUUGUAAAAAAUUUAUGUUACGAACGCAAUAUAAAGAUAUGCAGAAUUGAAUUAUGAUAGUCAUUAUACAAAUAUUGGAAAUAUAAUGAUGUUUUUACAAUUA